GGAGACCCCGCCCCUGCUGGAGACCCCGCCCCUGCUGGAGACCCCGCCCCUGCUGGAGACCCCGCCCCCGCUGGAGAUCCUACUGGUGGCUGGGACGUGCGUGUGUUCCUGCGGACCCUGCAGGCUCUGUGGACCGCGCAGGAGCUGCAGCAGCUCAAAGCAGAGGCCUGGCGCGGCUUCACUGCCCUGGACGACCCUCGGGCCGGCCUCCUGGACCUGCUGGAGGGCAGCAGGGCCUGGCGGGGGAGGGGCCCCACCCUGGAGGCCUGGGUCACCCUGGAGCUGGAGUGCUGGCUGCAGGCCCGGCCCCCCCCAGGGCCUACCCAGGGCGACCCAGGGCGGGAGCAGCUGCAGGCCCGUGCGCUCAGGGUCCUGGCCGAGAGCCCCCCCGGCCUCGUGGAGCCCCUGGUCAGCAUCUUCCAGCUGCGGGCCGAGGGCCCAGGCCCCCUGCUGGCCCACAUCCACCAGCUCCACCAGGAGGGCAAGUUCAAGGAAGCUGUCAUGCUGGGCACGAAGCUGCGGCUGCAGCCAGAACUGGACGUUGAAAAGAUGAGCGCGCCGCUGCUGCUCCAGGACAAGGUGAACCUCGUGGAGCGCUACGUGGACGGCUUCCCGGACCUCCAGCGGGGGCUGCUGGCUCUCAUGGACUCCUGGUGCCGGCCGGGCUUUGACCUCAGAGUCGUGGCCAGGCGGUACCCGCAGGUGAGCGCCUGGAGGCCGGAGAAGCUGAGCCCCCGGGUGCUGGCGCGGCAGGUCCUGCGCCUGCUUCAGCGCUUCGGCCUGGACCCAGAACUGUGUCCCAACGUGGCCGCCCAGCAGCACCUGGCCGCCCUGCAGCACCUGUGCUACAUGCGGUUUGUGGAGGGCAGCUUGUCUCAGGAGAGCUGGGCGGACCACGUGCGGGGCCUGGUGGGGCCCAGUGAGUGGCUGCAGGAGCAGCUGCUGCAGCUGCUGGCCUCGCAUGGCGAUGCAGCCACGGUCACCCGCUGUGCCCGGGACCUCGCGCUGCCCGAGGAGCGGCUGCCGGCCGAGGUGGCCACAGAGCUCGGCCGCCUCAGGCUGCACGACAGGAUGGCCGAGGCGCCUGAGGAGGACGAGAAGGACCGUUACUACCAGCUGCCCAUCGCCCGGGAGCACGUCCACUUCCUGGCCUCGUGGGCGGCCCUGUCCGGGCACGAGGAGGAGCUCCUGCAGCCCGGCCAGGUGGUCGGCCUGGACCUGGAGUGGAAGCCCUGCUUCGGCGCCAGGGGCCGGCCCCGAGCGUCCCUCAUGCAGGUGGCCGUGGAGGGCCGCGUGUUCCUGCUGGACCUGCCCGCACUCUCACAGCCGCCGGGAGGGCGGGAGGCCCAGGCCUUCUCCCGGCUGGUGUCCCGGCUGCUCUCGGACCCGUCCAUCACCAAGCUGGGUUAUGGGAUGGCGGGGGACAUGAAGAGCCUGGGGGCCUCCUGCCCGGCCCUGGCCCACGCACAGAAGCUACUGCGGGGCGACGUGGACCUGCUGCGGGUGCACAGGCAGAUCCGGGUGACCGAUGUGCCUGCCCUGGGCGUGGACGGGGCUAAGGGGCCGAGGGGCCUCAGCCUCCUGGUGCAGCAGGUGCUGGGCAGGCCCCUGGACAAGACACAGCAGCUCUCCAACUGGGACCGGCGGCCACUGGAUGAGGGGCAGCUGCUGUAUGCAGCUGCUGACGCCUACUGCCUGCUGGAGGUGUACCAGGCGCUGUGCAGAGAGCCCGCCCGCUUCCACCUGUCCGGGGACCUGGCCAGGAGCCCGCGGCCGGAGCGCAGCCAGAGGCCAGGGGUUUGGCAGCCGCCCCACCCGCAAGAGGCCUCAGCCCCACCCCAGCAGGUGCCCGCGGCCCCCGAGGUCCCGGCCAGGGCCUUCCGCGUGGUGUGCGACAGCAUGCUGCAGGGGCUGGCGCGCCGGCUGCGCUGCCUGGGCGCCGACGUGCUCGUGCUGGGCGCCGGCGAGGACCACCGCCGCGUGUCCGAGGUCGCCAGGCAGGAGGGGAGGAUCAUCCUGACCUCGGGGCUGCCAUACCACCAGCUCCGGGCCCAGGUCGGUGCGGGGCGCUGCCUCUGGGUGGACUGCUCCCUGAAGGCCCGGGAGCAGACGCAGGCGGUGCUGCGGCAUUUCAACGUGCGUGUCACACACUCGGACAUCUUCAGCCGGUGCCAGGCCUGCAACUGUGACCAGUACCUGAAGGUGUCCAGGGACAAGAUGCGGCAGCUCCUGUCGCUCAGCGGCCACCAGGAAGGCCCCAGCGGCACAGGUGACCCGGGGACCAGGAAGGGGCAAGCGCUCCGAAAGCCGGGGCCUCAGGGUGGCUGCCUCCCUGGUCCAGGCUCCGCCCCCGAGAAGACGCCGGGGGGCCGCACCUACGACCCGCCCUGCCGCUGGCUGGAGGAAGCAGACCUGCACGCCCACGCCCCCGCCACGCUGGGCAACGGCACCCGGCUGCAGCUGGCGGGGGUCCCCGCGGGCCUGCUGCGGCGGCCGGGACUGCAGGCCUUCUACUGCUGCCCGGGCUGCGGCAAGGUCUUCUGGGAGGGCUCCCACCUGGGCCGCUUCGCCUCCCAGUGCCGCGAGCUCCUGGACGGCGCCCCCGGCUCCGGCCCGCCCAGCCCAGCGCCCAGCCCUCCCAGCGGCCCCUCCUGAGGGCCCCCCAGGCCCCCCCCCUUGCCCGGCUUCGAGACGAUAAACGUGGCCAAGGCUCCACGUGUGCCAGCUGCGGCCAGGGACUCCUUUUUGCGUGUCACUCGCUGCACACACGGGACGCCCGGCUGGGGGGCGAAGGUGGAGGUCCCCACCCGGGCAGGACACUGCGUCCCGGUCCCCAAGCUGAGGACUGUCCAGUGCUCAGGAGUGAGGCAGGUGGGAGGGGGGAAGGGCCGGCCUGGUGGGGGACACAGUCCAGGCAAGGGCCCGAGGGCUGGACCCAGGCGGCUUCCAGGGUUGGCCAGGGCUCGGGGAGGCCAGGAGAGUGUGUGGGGGCGGACAGGCCCCACACGCUAGGCAGCCCCCCACUUUGCUGUGACAGUAAGUGCCACGCCCUCCCCCUGCCUUUGCAGGUGGAGAGCCGCCCCCCCAUAGCCAGGCAGGACAGGAGCCCCCUUGCCUUCCCCCAGAAGGUCCCCUGGCCCCAUCCUGGGGCCUCCAGCUCCAAGGAGCGAGAUGGUGGGAUCCUGGGGGCAGGGCCCCUUAGGCCCGGUCCGGGGUCUUUCCAGGGAACAGCCCCAGCCCAGCCCUCGAGGGGCUGCUCCACCCCCUCACUCUCCUCCCUUCAGUCUGCUCAGGGCCGGCAGCCUCCUCUGGAGGGAGAAGCCGGCGACCACAGUACCAGACAGAGCCCCACACCCAGGUGUGGUCACGCCUCUGCCCUCACACCUGCUGGGCUCGCUCUGGGGGAAACUGAGGCUCAGGCCCACGGCUGGCCCCAUGGAAGGCCCGAGGGCACCGGUGCCAGCCGUGGUGGGGCGGGGCGCCGGGGGAUGGGGCCCACCGGUGGGGGCCCUGCCGGUGGCAGGCCUGGCCCCAGACUGCAUUCUGCCCCCGCCCACCUCCUCCUGCUCACCCCCCAGGAAUGCACCCCUCCCUCGCUCACAUCCCUUUCCUGUCCUCGCUGCCUGGAGCGGAAACCAGCUCAGAUUUGGCCGGGGAGCCCAGGCGGAAGCCUCCGGGUGUUGGAGGCCGGGGGCCUGUGCAGGGCCGCUGCCCGGGCCCCGGCGCACCUGCAGAUCCAGGUGCGACGGCCUCAAGCACAGGGUGGGCACCGGCCAUGCCCGGCCGGCCCCUGCCCCCCAUUCCUGACCGCACCAGGGAAGGCCAUGGGCCCCUUAGCCCCCAAGGGAUGCGGCCCUGGUGGGGGUGCAGCUGAGGAGUGUGCAGAGUCGGGGCCUGUGUAGGGAGGGCACGGGUGUCCCACCCCACUCCACGUCCUCUCCUCUCCCUUGGAGCACCUGCCUGUGCCAGGCGCCAGCCCACGUAGCCCCCAGCAGCCCUGGGGCCGGCAGGGCCAGGGUGCCACUCCACCACUGGCGGGGAGCCCCUGGCGGAGCGGGGAGCCCUGGCCUUCCUGCUCUCCCUCAUCACUGCCGAGACCAAGGGCCAGGCAGGGGUGCCAAGGUGGGUGGGCAAGCUGGACCCCACCGGGGGCCCUCGGCAGCUGGGGUGCAGUUCCCAGGAGCAGCACCGCUGGCCCCGUGUCCCACCCUGGGGAGGCAGACUGACCACCCUCCCCGCCUGGUGGGGCUAAAGGAAGCAGGGGGUGCCCGGCCCACUUCCCAGCACAGCUGCUUCCUGGAGACUCUGCUGUGACCCGAGGCCCUGGUGUUGCCGCCAGCCCUGGACGGACAGAGCUGGGGCCGGGGAGAGGCCAGGGACCGCGGGCUCAGGGACAGGAGGCCACGUGUCCUCCCCGUCCCCCAGCAGGCCCAGCCCCGGCCUCACUCUCCCCUUCCACGCCGUGACAUCGCCAGGAAGGGGAGAGGGC